CUUAGUUUUGCAUGUUCCCAUCCAUCGUGCACGACGCGAAAGGGCCCCCUUAUCCUCCUCUCCUGUGUACGAGGAACAACCUCCACUGGUGAUCAGCCUUCGUGUCUGUGUUUGUCUUGGUGGAGAAACGAGCAGCAGCACCUUUUUGCAGGAGUGGGCUUCUUUUUUAUUCCAUGCGAGAAGUCCUGAAGGUUUUGGAUGCGGUGCUUCAGGGAUGUGGGCACUUUGAGAGCAUCACCCACAAACACAAACAAUCGAUUUUUUUUUCUCUGAAUAGCAACAAAAAAAACCAAUAUCAACAAAAAAGUGGAUAACUAAGUAGAGCACUUUGAGACUUGUUCACAUCGGACGGAGUUGAAGAAGGAAAGACCUGUGUGGACCGGCUCUCGCUGAGAAAGAGAAACCCUAAAGGAUACUUUUAAAUUUCACAGGAGGUUUUUUUGGUCGCCAAUUGUCCUAAAUGUUUGGGAUUCAGGAAACUAUACCGCGGGGUGGGACGACGAUGAAGGAGGAACCGCUCGGAGGACUCAACUCGGUCCGCUCCUGGAUGCACACAGCUGGGGUGGUGGACGCAAACACAGCCGCCCAAAGCGGUGUCGGCUUGGCACGGGCACAUUAUGAGAAGCAGCCCCCUUCCAACCUCAGAAAAUCCAAUUUUUUCCAUUUCGUCCUGGCGCUGUAUGACAGACAGGGUCAGCCGGUGGAGAUCGAAAGGACAGCUUUUGUGGACUUUGUGGAAAAGGAAAAAGAACCAACCAGUGAAAAAACGAACAAUGGGAUACAUUACAAACUACAGUUAUUGUACAGCAACGGUGUCAGAACAGAACAGGAUCUUUACAUACGAUUAAUCGAUUCCAUGACGAAGCAGGCCAUAGUUUAUGAAGGUCAAGACAAGAAUCCCGAAAUGUGCAGAGUUCUCCUCACUCACGAAAUCAUGUGCAGCCGAUGCUGCGACAAGAAAAGCUGUGGAAACAGGAACGAGACUCCGUCAGACCCUGUGAUCAUCGACAGGUUUUUCCUAAAGUUCUUUCUAAAGUGCAAUCAGAACUGUCUGAAGAAUGCAGGGAAUCCAAGAGACAUGCGCAGAUUCCAGGUUGUCGUAUCAACGACCGUCAAUGUGGACGGCCAUGUCUUGGCUGUCUCUGACAACAUGUUCGUACACAACAAUUCCAAGCACGGGCGAAGGGCUCGCAGACUCGACCCUUCAGAAGGUACGCCUCCUUAUCUGGAGAAUGCAGCCACCCCGUGCAUCAAGGCUAUCAGCCCAAGCGAGGGAUGGACCACAGGAGGAGCCACUGUCAUCAUCAUAGGAGAUAACUUCUUUGAUGGUCUACAAGUCGUCUUUGGCACUAUGCUAGUAUGGAGUGAGCUGAUAACUCCCCACGCCAUCCGUGUCCAGACCCCACCUCGGCACAUCCCUGGUGUGGUGGAAGUCACGCUUUCCUACAAGUCCAAGCAGUUCUGCAAAGGAGCCCCUGGGAGAUUUGUCUACACUGCCCUGAACGAGCCAACCAUCGACUAUGGAUUCCAGAGGCUGCAGAAGGUCAUCCCCAGACACCCCGGUGACCCAGAGAGGUUACCAAAGGAGGUGCUACUGAAGAGGGCGGCGGACCUCGUGGAAGCUCUAUAUGGGAUGCCCCACAACAAUCAGGAGAUCAUUCUGAAGAGGGCAGCUGACAUCGCCGAGGCCCUCUACAGCGUUCCCCGCAACCACAACCAGAUCCCCUCUCUCGCUAACACUGCCUCCCACGGCAUGAUGGGAGUUAACUCUUUCAGCAGCCAGCUAGCAGUCAACGUGUCUGAGUCACAAGGGAACGACCAAGUGGGCUACAGCCGAAACACCAGCAGCGUGUCCCCCCGGGGCUACAUUUCCAGCAGCACCCCACAGCAGUCGAGCUACAACACCGUCAGCAACAGCAUGAAUGGCUACGGCAAUGCCGGCAUGAACCUGGGAGUGCCAAGCUCCCCUGGGUUCCUCAACGGAUCUUCUGCCAACUCUCCAUAUGGAAUUAAACAAAAGAGCGCCUUCGCCCCUGUGGUCCGACCCCAGGCCUCCCCACCCCCCUCAUGCACCAGCGCCAACGGCAACGGACUGCAAGGUGAGCCCCCCUCACCCCCUCAUCCCUUCCCUACGGACUACUGGUCAGAUACCGCUGCUCAGGCCUCUGUCCGGUUUGCCAUGUCCGGCCUGGUUGUGCCACCAAUGUAAAAUGCACUUUCCUCAUCUCAAGCACCAGUCUACUCACUACCACUUCACGGGACACUUGCCCAUGAGCACACAGCAGAACGCUGGUGUAUUGUAUAGUUAAUUGUUUCCGUUUGUUUUGUUUUUUUUCGAAAUGAAGAAAAAAAGAACAUUUCUUUAAAAAUGACUUUUACAACCUGCAGAAAAAACAUAUUUCACAAGGAACAAUCUAUAUAUUUUUUCUGUGGGAUUUCCUUUCUCUCCCCCUUGACGAGGACACCGGACGCUGAAGGGUUUAUUUUCUAUACUUGUCGAGUCGUGCUUUUGGCCUUGGACACGUCCAAUCAACCACACAUUCAAUACUGGAAAGGACUCUGUGGACUCACCAUCUGGUUGUAAAGUGGAAAAAAAAAAAAAAAAAAAAAACGAAAAAAAACAAAA